CUCCAGAAGUUCCAGCAGAAGGCUCUGAAGCAAACUAAGCAGAAGAAAUCCAAGUCGGCUGAAUUUCUGAUGGUAAAAGAAGAGAGAACAGCAACAGAAGGCAUUGAAAAUCCAGCUUUUAACAUCAGCAGCACAGAUCUUUCAGCAUAUCAGCCUUCAGAAGAGAAAGUUAUUAGACAUGACAAGCCAGAUAGCACCCUUGCAGCUCACCAACAAAAACCCGGGCUGCAAGCCCAUGCUGAACCAAGAGGAAAUGAAUACAGCAGAAAUUACUUUGACCCGUUGAUGGAUGAGGAAAUAAACCCAAGGCAGUGUGGGAUGGAGGUCAUUGAAGAAGGUGAGACAGAAUUAAAUCCUAUGGAUUUUGAUGAACAAAUCCUGUAUAGUAAAAUGAUGUUGCUUCUAGAUGAAGAAAACAAGAUGCUUAAUUUCCAAGGUCCUGUUUCUAGUGAAGAUUUUCCAGACUCCUUGAUGCCUGUCAGCUCUAGCAAGGCACGUGACUUUCACAGGGAGCUUGAAGAGGAAGAGAUUCCUUCAUAUAUCGAACAGUUUGAGAGAGAUGUUCAGGAUGACAUAAUUCUGCUUGGCAGCUUUUCACUGGAACAGGUCAGAGUUAAGAACUUUCUUCCUACUUCUUUUCAUACCUACUGCAGAGUGGGAAGCCAGCCAUGGAAAGCAAAGGAGAAUGGAUGUGAAGAGGAAAUGGUAGCCAGCUUUGGCAACUUUGCAGAUGUGAAUACUGGAUCAAAUAGAGCGGCAGGACUUUGUGAGAAGACUGACUGCUCCAAGACUCCACAGCUGAUAGAAAUUCACAUCAAGUGCCUGAGGGGAGUCAAAGAUAAGGUCCCAAAAGGCUGCUACACCCUCAAAGUUUCUGUUCUCAGCCACUUAGGUGGUGGCUUCCUGAAGUGGCCCAGACUGAAGGAGCAGCCUGAGGCCAGGACAACGCUGCCUGUUAGUCACGAUGGAAACUUCUACAAUACUGAAAUCUACUUUGGACAAAGUAUCCAGACAGUUCUACCACCUAAAAAAGCUGCAAAGCCAUGCAUGGUUCUUCUCUUUGAACUCUUCCUUCUUCGUGGGACUUGUACUUGGAUUGAUCGAGAAGUGGGAUGGGGAGCCUUUCCCUUGUGUGACAACAAUUUUAAUACUUUGGAGGGAAAAUUUAAAUGUCCCUUCCUCAGAGGCCAUUACAACUCCAAAGUUGACCGAUUUAAAAAAAUUGAAAAAUGUAUUUCUCAAGACUUAGAUCAUUGGUUAUGCAAUCUCUACUUUCAGAUAAUUAAACUACCACAGGAUUCAGAUGAGCAAAAUAAGUAUGAUAUGCAUCUUCAUCUCCCACCUGAACGUCUCAUGUAUUCGAGCAUUGUUGAAAAGAAUGAUGUCUCAGAGAAAGUUGAACAGUCUGGACCACAAGAUGAUGAUUUUUACCAAGAUUGUGGCAGUGCAGGUGAGCACUGUGGCUCAAUUUGGCCGAAGGAAGGCCAAAGAGGACAUAACAAGAUCAGCUUGAAUAACCCACCUGACCAAUGUUAUGAAGAAAAAUCAGGUCCCGGUGACAAUGCAGGCCUAGAAGGGAAAGCAUCUGCAGAGCACAGUUCUUAUUUGGAGGAGUUAGACAAAUACACUUUUUCUGUGUGCUGCCGUUCUGUUACUGAAGUGAAACUGUCCAGGCGGGUGGUUGAGCAUUUCCAUUUCACAGUAUAUGCAGCCUUCUCGGAGCUGGGAGAUGCACACUGGCGGUCCAGGGAAUUCUGGCUCCUUGUGCUGCUGGUAGUUUUGCUUUGGUUCGUGAGACUUUACCUGCAUUAUUUGAGCCAAUGGCUUUUCCUUCAGAUCAUCUCGGUUCCUGUUAUAAAAUUCCAGCUUUUUCCUCACACUGUUGAGCUGUGCUACCAGAACUCCUUGCUGCAGACCAGUGAAGAGUUGGUCAUGGUUGUGGUGGGACCCCUAACCUUGAACACAGGGCUGCUUCUCAUGGUCCUGAUCAGAUGGGGCUGUCAGCAACUGUUUGACUCAUUCCCUUCCUUCUUGUCAAAGUUUAUCAUAGCUAUGGGACUCUGGACAGUGUUAGACCCCUUGGCAGUAUUUGUAGUGGAUUCAUUCCUGGGGCGACUUGGGAACAGUGUAGAGAAACCCAUUGCUGAUGCUGCAAAGCUCUACUGGGUUUUUCUAAGAGCAGAGGAGUCAGGAAUUCUUGGUGUCUUAAUCACUGUGAUCCUUUAUACAAUCCUGUUUUUCAUCUCAUCAACAAUGUUGUACCUGUACUUUUUAAGGGUACAUAGUGAAGGUUGGCUGUUGGAUGUAUUUCAUCGCAUUCAUAGUGACGAAGGCACAUUCUUCAUUCCACUGGACUUAGAGAUUUCCAACCAGGAGCUAAGCUACAUAAUGAAGAGGGCAGAGCAGUGGAGAGGAAUCAACGGUGAAAGACGAGUGGUGGCAGUGUCUGAUCACAUCUGGAAGGACCUCGCCAGCCAGCCUGGUGGCUCCAGCUGCCACCUCCAAAACCAGGACCCGUCCACUGACUCCGCAGCUACCUGGAGAGAGAACAUGACCGUGCACAUCUCUGUCUACACUGUUCACCUCGGCGGCUUCCAGGAACUUUACAGGCACUUCCUCAGGCUACCUGAUGGGGCUAUUGUCGAGGCAUUUGGUGAUAGUACUGGAGAAGGUCUUUCAUAUAAUGAAAUGAGCACAGCCGAGGAGUGCAUAAGCAAAAUGGACAGCGUGCUGCAUACAUCUUCAUGUAUCAAGCUGAGGGAGAGAAAAAAGAGUACAGCAAUAUGGAAAGGAAUCAAUGACUUUACACACAGGAAUCCAGCUUUCAAGGAACAAGGCUGGAUCUGUAUGUAUAAGCCAAGGGCUUGUCUGAGCUCCUCUAACAGCCGGAUGGAUUUUACAAAGACUGUCAAAAGAGCUGGUGCAGGAAUAACUUGGUCCAAAAAGAAAAUAGCGAGACCAGAUUAA